AGAGAGAGAGAGAGAGAGAGAGAGAGAGAGAGAGAGAGAGAGAGAGAGAGAGUUGCGAGGGUGGUGGUGGUGGUGUGGUUUAGAAUCUGAUGCCUCGGGGGAACAGAUUGAAGCGUGUUGUUUGGGGUGGAUUAAGUUCAGUGUGUGUGUGUGUGUGUGUGUGUGUACAGGUGGUUUUGUUGCUCAUCUGGACUUCGUGUUCCAGUGUAGGUUAAGGACCCUUAUUUAUCUGAAGCUCCUCGAACUCCAGCUCCUGGUCUCAUCAGGACAUGGUGAGGCCUCAGAAGCGUCAUAGAAAAGUGAUCAGCCGGACGCACCCCAUGGACACAGCACCCAGUUUUCAACCUUUGAAACCGUAAAACCAUAAACACAGAAAUGGAGAACCUUACGGCGGAACUGAACGAGGCUUUGCCACUAAAGUGCAACAUGACCGGCAGCCACAAUUUCAUCUUCACCUUUGUACCAGUCGUCUACGCUUGCAACUUCGUUAUUGGGAUUCUGGGUAACAGCAUGGUGGUGGCUGUGAUCUACCGCUACAUGAAGCUGAAGACUGUGGCCAAUGUGUUCCUGCUCAAUUUGGCUGUUUCGGAUCUCACCUUCCUCGUCACGCUUCCCAUGUGGGCAACGUUCACUGCCUUGGGCUACCACUGGCCCUUUGGAAGUUUCCUAUGCAAGGCCAGCGCAGGUCUGGCUAUCUUCAACCUCUACACUAGUAUGUUCUUCCUGACGGCGCUCACUGUGGAUCGAUACUUGGCCAUCGUUCACCCAAUGGGCUCACGUCGGCGGCGUACGCUACUCUACGCCCGAAUUACCUGCGUGCUAAUGUGGGUAUUCGCCUUUGUUCUGAGCAUGCCUACUGCUCUAAGCAGGGACAUCUACAGGGUCAAGGACCAUCCCUCCACACUCUGUGGAAUCUUGCAGAGCAAACAGAUCCAUCUCCUGGUGUCUCUCAGCAUUCUUAAGAGUGUACUAGGGUUCCUUGUGCCCUUCCUCAUCAUCAUCACCUGUGACUGCCUGAUGGGUUGCGCCCUGCUGAAAGCCAAAGGUUUGCUGAGGAAGAGUGCACAUUCUCAGGAAGACGAGACUCUGUGUAUGCUAGCUGCUGCUGUCCUGGCCUUCUUUGUAUGCUGGGCUCCUCACCAGCUCUUCCACUUCAUGGAGCUCCUGGUAAUGCUGGGGGUGGUGACAGACUGCCAAGUUCUGGAUGUCAUCGACACGGCCAUGCCCUUCAGCAUAUGCCUGGCUUACUUUAACAGUUGCGUCAACCCCAUUCUAUACAGCUUCGUGGGCCGCAACUUUCGCAAGAACCUCCUGAGGCUGCUACACUGUGAGUCAAAUCAUGUUAUGAGAAACUCCAGUAUCAGCACCAAGAUGACUGCUCUAUCCAACAGAGCUUCUUAAGUGCUACGUCUGUCCAAUAAGAAAGACUCUGAGUAUAACACUAACUCAAUGGAAGAGCCAAAGACCUAACACAAUCAGAUCACUGGGAAGGUCAUCUUUUUUGUUUCAUCUCAUUUGAAAUGGGAAGGUCUAUGAUUUCAAAGUUCAUCAAACUAUUAAGACAUAUUUUAGCGUAAAAGUUACAAGAAAAUUGUAACUGAAUCAUUUCAAAUGAAGCGUUGGUUUUUUCCAUCCCGCUUCAAUCCAGAAAUGAGACACAAUCAGGCACAUGCCUUGGGGAAUGGAUGGAAGUCUUUAUUGAACGUUAAUAGUAUUACGCUGAGGGGCAGAUGUACUGAGUUGCUUGUGCCUGGUUUUAGGUAUCCAUAUUCUGCAACAAAACUUUGCUAGUUAUAUAUGAAACUGGAGUACGAGACUAAACACGCACUUUUAAGCGCCGUACACACUGCCAACAUACAAAGUAUUUUUUUCCUUAUAUUUCAGAUGCAUUCAUGCAAAAAAACUGUGGGAAAUUGUUCAAUUCAAUUCAAUUCAAUUUUAUUUGUAUAACAGUUUUUACAGUAGACAUUGUCUCAAAGCAACUUUACAGAAACAUAUAAACACGGUAUACAGAUUUUAAAAGUGCGAAUUUAUCCCAAUUGAGCAAGCCGGUGGCGACGGUGGUGAGGAAAAACUCCCUAAGAUGUUUUAAGAGGAAGAAACCUUGAGAGGAACCCGACUCAGAAGGGAGCCCGUCCUCAUCUGGGUAACAACGCAUAGUGUGAAAAAGUUCAUUAUGGUUUUAUAUGAAGUCUGUUUGGUCUUAGAAGCAGCCGUAGUCCCCUUAAUCUGGAAUUGGAGUAGAUGAGAGCUCCAUCCAGAUGUUUUGGUCCAUCCAUGUUCUGAUGUACAAUGUUUUACUAACCGUAGUCUUUUUGUGUUAUUUUAUUUAUUUAUUUUUUUCGCCAAAACCAAGUCUAAAUUUCACGUGUUGCUCUGAACUUUGUUGCUCUGAACUUUGUAGGCAGUGUUGCCAGGUGUGUUGUUUUCCUGCAUUACAGAACUGCCAGCAUAUGUUGCUGAUUAUGUUAUGUUGGAACUCGGUGAAAAAAAAAAAUAAGAAAAACAUUUAAGGGUAACAACAUGUUUCAAUAAUGCUUGUCUAUUGUUAUUUCUGGCAACCCUAGUCACAGCACAUAAGUCACACACAUCAGUUUUCCUCACAUUUACAUUAUAUUUACAGCAUUUGACAAGACACCCUUAUCCAGAGUGAUUUACAUUAUCUCAUGUGCACAACUGAGCAGUUGAAGGUUAGGGGCCUUGCUCACUACCAGCAGUGGUAGUUUGGUAGUGUAGGGAUGGUCAUGAGUGUGAACUCAUGACCUUCCAAUCAGAAGUCCAGCAGCUUAACCACAAAGCUAACACCGCCCCACAUCUAAGAAAUUCAAGACAUUACACAAGGCUUUUGUGACAUCACCACCUUUCUAAAUGCUACAUGUAUCCACAAGAAAAAUGGAGUGCAAUUUAAUUUCACACUCAUAUGAAGUUUAUUCUGUCAGCCUUAAUUAACUGAACCUUCAUUUCAAACGUCCCUUCGGCUGACUUGAGCUCCUAACCCACUCCCACUCCAAAGUCACAUCUAUCUCACUCAUACUCAUAACAUCUUACACAUUCCUUGACCUGUGUUCAUAGCAACACUGUCUUCAUAAAAACUGAGAUAGUUAAUACCAGAUAAAGACAAACGAUAAAAGUCUUAAGAACCUAAAAUGGCCUACAUGAACCUUCCUGCACUCUGUAACACGUCCAUCGUAGAACCGUAUUGAAUUCCAGUAGAUCCUCUUUUAUGUCCAAGAUCCAAGGUUAUGCACAUACUGCCAAAUGCCCGUCUAUCGGUGUUAUUACUAAUCAUAUUUGGCUAGCCUGUUGGGAAAAUCAAUGUUUGCAACAUCCAAACAUCACGUUCUAGAUAUGUAAGCAAGCACUCGCCUAGUGCAAGGGCUCUCAAACGUUUUACAGCCAGGGACCGCUUUUACAAACAAAACUACUCAAAAUAUUUAGGUACAUUAUUUAAAGGGGUAGAAUAAUAUUUAGAAGCCAGAGAGUUUUUAUUUCCACCCAUAUGACUCAAUUUUAUCAAAAUUAUUAUUAAAUUCCUCUGGACAGGAUUCAUAGGCAUAAUAACGUUCAUAAAUGUGGAUUGUGGUUGAGAAAAUGGGCCUAGAGUGUUUCCUGAGUUCUCAUAAAAGGAUCUCAAAUUUCUUUUUGUUAUGUUAGCCUUCUUGCUUGGAACUCUUCAAAAAUGUAUUCCAGCAUUAUAAGCACCAAAAUGGAUAGCCUGUAUUUCCUUUGUUUCUUUGAAGCUUCAUGGAGUUCAUCCACCUUAUUUCAGUAGCUAGAUAACCUUCCAUCGUCGUUCAACUAGGACAAAUUUAGCUAUAAAACAAACAAACAAACAAAAAAAUAACCUACUGACUUGUUCAGCAUCGUAUCUUCAUUGAAAAGCCCUAUUUGGCAUGUCAUCAAUGAACCUCAACCACAUAAGCGACAGCAAAAUCGGGCCAGAAAUUGUUAGCUAUGAGGGCGAGUCAAAUGAAAACCUUAAAAGUGAGGGGUAGGUAGAAGUUGUAGUUGUUAAAGUUGUAGUUGUUCUCAGUAGCCCCUUUUAACUGCUACCUUAAACAGGAUACACGUUUGUGACACAAUAAACAAUCAUUUGAAAAAAUGAGGUUUCUAUUUGACUCACCUGUGUAUGAACAAGUGGAAUAUUCACGUGACAAAAAUUUUUUUCUUUUGGCUUGCAUUGCUGUUAUAGAUACAAUAUAUAUAUAUAUAUAUAUAUAUAUAUAUAUAUAUAUAUAUAUAUAUGUAGUUUCUAAUUGUAAGCAUUCAUUUAUACAACUGAGCAGUUGAGGCUUAAGGGCCUUGCUAAAGGGCCCAACAGUAGCAGCUUGACAGUGCUGGGAUUUGAACUCAAGACCUUCCGAUCAGAAGUCUAAAUUUUACUCAAUAAGAGUAAAGUGUUGCAGUGCAUCUUGGAAAAGCAGCUCCCUUAUAUUAUUUAUAUAUAUAUAUAUUUUAAUUUUUUUUUGCGAGAGAUCAUGUUUUGUCCCCCAAAGUGAUAUUAUCUGGCGUUGCUGCGCUGGAUUCUGCUACGUUUGCAUUAUUAAGCAGUAAAUACAAGCACGUCUACAACUGACAGGAGGGACUUAAAACCAACCACAGACUCUGGCGCUAAAGUGUGUUUUAUUUCAGGCAUUAUUUUUUUCCUCGGGCGUACGAUACGCUUGCCUUUUCAUCAGCUCGAUUGAAUCAUUCUAAAAUUUCACUCGGCUUUUAUUUUUUAUUAUACUUUGCAGCAUAAUGAAAAGGUUUUUUUUUUUUUUUUUUUUUUUUUAUUAUUUCACUGUUCUCUCCGGUGCAAGCAUAUACAACAGUACAGCUUAAGAAUCAAAGGAGGUCGAGGUAGUUCAAUAGCAUGCAGUAAUAUCUGUGUUAACUUAUAGAAUAAUGAUAUGAUGAUCAAAUAUUAAUAGCUUAUAUGCAAUUCAGAUGCAUUUCAAUAGAAAUACCAAAUUUCUCCUGAUCAAUAUUUUUAUUGUUCUUAGCAUGCAAAUAUCUGAUGAUAAUUAAACAUACAAUUAUGCACAGAUUAUAGUAUCUGUAUAUGGCUUUAGGGAUGUCCAGGAGAUCUCAUGCCAAGGCAUGAUUUUAAAAAAAAUUCCAUCUCAAUUAAUAGCCUCUAUUAUGAUAUAAUCAUGAUGCUUGACUUGUAUAUAGAUGCAUAAUAGUUAACGAUUUACAGUCAUUUGUGGACUAUACACACACACACACACACACACACACACACACACACACACACACACACACACACACACACAUUCCAGCAUCUGAAAUAUUACAGUGUUUCAAAUCUAAAAGGACAUUUCAGAUCUUGAGAAGUUAACUGAGCGGAAUAUGAGAAGGAACUGAACAUGUAGACAUCUCGUAGUGAAACAUCCUCAGGUGUAGAUAGAUUCAGUUAAUAUAUUCAUCUGGAUCAUGUAUUUAAGACUGCUGACCUGUUAUCUUUUUCCUACUAAUAAAAUUGUGAUGUGAUAGAGACUGUACUAUGUGACUGUUAAGCGUUUUCGGUGGUACAACUGAUCGUUUUAGUAGAUGUUAUAUAUUUAUCAUAUGCGUAAAUAGUUGAAUAUUUGUAUUUGUAUGUGAAAUAUGCGUUCUUAGAAACAUCUUAGUAACAUUUAGUGGACAUUUAUAUAUCUCUGUUUCUGUCAUUAAAUGGACUAUGUUGAUGAUGAAUGUGCUCAAUGACUACAUUAGUCGUGCUUCUUUCUUGGUUUUUGUUUUUGUUUUGUUUUUUAAGAAUAUCUGUGUGGCAGGCUGGGAAAACCAUACACAUGGUGAAAUUUAGACUUUUUUUUUUUUUUACUAUAGUUCUGAAUACUAUAGACUUUCCUAAAGUUAAAUGUGUUUGUACGGUAUCUCAAUGACAAGUGAAGUUCUAACAGGUGGAAAGGGAGAAAAUUGCAUUUAAAGAUUUCGCAGAAGAAUCACGUGGGACAUUUUGACAGCUACUUUUUUAUUUCAAAACUGAAUUUAUUGUUGCACUUAUCCAACAAAGCACUAUGUGAGUACAUCAUAGUAAUUACACUGUUUGUACCACCAUUGUACCUUUACCCAAUAUGAUCUUAGCAGGAAGAUGCCAAGACAAUUUUUUUUAUUUUAUUUAAAAUGAUAAAUAUUUCUGUCAUUUCUGGAAAUAUGUCCAUGUUUCUAUGAUCUGAGAAGUCAAAGUAUGCUACAGGCAGAAACUUGAAGUUUUCUCAGACUGCUACACUUUUAUUUUAAGGAAUAUUUAUUAGGGGUUAAUUGAGGUCUUGUUCAUUGUUCGGUAAAGCCCAAAUAGGACACUUGUAUUUAUUUAUUAGGGGUUUAUUAGUUUAUUCAGUAUGAAUUAGAUUUUAUUCACAAACACAUGUAUUGGGUGAUAAUCAGGGAUCUGUUGUGUGAAAAUUACAAAUAAAUCCAUUAUUAAUUGU